GUUUACCGUGUUUGUUUUAUUUGACCCAGGCCUGUCCCGGUUCUAGCCCGGGUCUCUCCUCACUGACCGGGGUGGUGUUUUUGGGGGUGUUUUGUCAGAUUGAGAACCUGCUGAUCAGCCACCAGGGGACGGUGAAGCUGUGUGACUUCGGCAGCUCCACCACGAUCGUGCACUACCCCGACUACAGCUGGUCGGCCCAGAAACGCUCCAUGGUGGAGGAUGAGAUCACGAGGAACACUACGCCUGCCUACAGGACCCCAGAGAUGAUAGAUCUGUACUCAAACUUCCCCAUCAACGAAAAGCAGGACAUCUGGGCCCUGGGAUGUAUCCUGUUCCUGCUCUGCUUUAAGCAGCACCCUUUUGAGGAGGGAGCCAAGCUGCAGAUCGUUAACGGGAAGUACAUCAUCCCGCAGAACGACAGCAAAUACACCGUCUUUCACGACCUCAUCCGGUCCAUGCUGAAGGUGAACCCAGAGGAACGUCUGUCCAUCACCGAACUGGUCAACCAGCUGCAGGAGAUCGCUGCUGCCCGGAACGUCCACCCCAAAUCUCCCAUCACCGAGCUGCUGGAACAGAACGGGGGAUUCGGGAAUAACGGUGCCCCCAGAGGGUCCCUCAGCACCACCCAGCCCCCCCCGCAGAUCAACAACAUCCACAACGCAGGUCUCUAUGGCGACCCAGACCCGUCCAUGGCGGGCGGCUUCCUGGACAUCCUGAAAGGCGGAACGGAGCGAUUCCUGACCAACAUCAAGGACACCUCGUCCAAGGUGAUCCAGUCGGUCGCCAGCUACGCCAAAGGAGACCUGGACAUCUCCUACAUCACCUCCCGAAUCGCAGUCAUGUCGUUCCCGGCGGAGGGGGUGGAGUCGGCGAUUAAGAACAACAUCGAGGACGUGCGUCUGUUCCUCGACUCGCGGCACGCUGGACACUACGCCGUUUACAACCUCUCCAAGCGCUCCUACCGGCCCUCACGCUUCCACAACCGGGUGUCUGACUGUGGAUGGCAGGCCAGGAGGGCGCCGAACCUGAGGAACCUCUACAGCAUCUGUAAGAGCAUGCACCAGUGGCUCAAGCAGGACCAGAAGAACAUCUGCAUCGUGCACUGCUUGGACGGGCGGGCGGUCUCCGCGGUAGCGGUUUGUUCCUUCCUGUGCUUCUGCCGGCUCUUCACCACGGCCGAGGCGGCGGUGUACAUGUUCAGCAUGAAGCGCUGCCCCCCCGGCAUCUCCCCCUCACACAAGAGGUAUAUUGAGUACAUGUGCGACAUGAUGGCGGAGGAACCCAUAAUCCCCCACAGCAAGCCCAUCCUGAUCCGUGCCAUCGCCAUGACGCCCGUCCCGCUGUUCAACAAGCAGCGCAGUGGCUGCCGGCCGUUCUGCGAGGUGUACGUCGGAGACGAACGCGUCGCCACCACCUCACAGGAGUACGACCGGAUGAAGGACUUUAAGAUGGAGGACGGCCGGGCGGAGAUCCCGCUGGGCGUCACGGUGCAGGGAGACGUGCUCAUCGUCAUCUACCACGCCCGCUCCACGCUGGGCGGCAGACUCCAGGCCAAGAUGGCCUCCAUGAAGAUGUUCCAGAUCCAGUUCCACACCGGCUUUGUUCCGAGGAACGCCACCUCCGUAAAGUUCGCAAAGUAUGACCUGGACGCCUGUGACAUCCAGGAGAAGUACCCCGACCUGUUCCAGGUGAACCUGGAGGUGGAGGUGGAGCCUCGGGACCGGCCCGCCCACAAAGCCCCGCCCUGGGACAACUUCGCCACCAAAGGCCUCAAUCCCAAGAUCCUCUUCUCCAGCCGAGACGAGCAGCAGGAAAUCCUCACCAAGUUCGGUAAACCAGAGCUCCCCCGGCAACCAGGUUCCAGCACCUUCUAUGAAGCAGAGUCGCCGCAGUCAGACCAGCCCGCUGAGGGGGGGUCCGCGGCCGAGGUGGAGUCGCCCCAGAGCACCGACACCGACACCAACGCCAACAACUUCUUCCAGACCCUGGACUGGGACGACGGUGGAGGGCGGCAGGAUGUCCUGGAGGAGCAGGGCUGCAGGGAGGAGCAGGAGGAGCUGAGCGACCGGUCGGAGGGGGAGGAGUCGUACUCGGCCGGAGGGGCGCGGCAGAGCGAGGACAGCGAGCCGCCGUUCUCCCGCGAGCCCAGCGAGCCGCUCUUCGACACCGAGUUCCAGAACCUUCCGGCAGAGAGCCACUCCAGCGACAGCGUCGACCUGCUGGGGCUGAACUCUGACCCCGCCGACACGCCCGCCCCCGCCGCCGGGAUGAAGGCCUCCUCCAGCAACAGCGACCUCCUCAACGACCUCUUCGCCCCUAGCCCCGCCCCAACCGCCAGCACCGAUGACCUGAUUGGUGGUGGGGUGGAUGGGGACCUGUUCUUCAGCGCCCCCACCAGUGGUGGCCCCCCCACAGCUGCUGCAGCCUCCAAACCGAAUGAUUUGUUUGACCCGUUUGGGAUGGGUUCUGGAGGUUCUGGAGGAGCGGGCUCGAGUCAGCAGGCCGGACCGGACCUGUUCGGAGACCUCCUCAGUGGAGAAGGCUCCGCCCCCAGCUUCCCGGCCCCGCCUCCCACCUCCAACUCUGGGUUCUUCAACCUCAAUAAACCGGCCAGCGACCCCCCGAAGAUGACGUCCUCGGCCAGCCAGCCAGACCUGCUGGGGGGGUGGGACAGCUGGGCCUCUGGGAGCAGCAGCAUGCAGACCCCCAGCAAGCCCACCUUCACCGGUACCA